AUGGGCAAUACAGAUAGCAACGCAAGCAUUAAGUCCUUGCACAUGAACUACGUGGUGGUUCGUAAUAUAAACGAUGACCCAAGAUAUGGGAACGGUAGGAUAGUUAGAUAGAAACAGACAAAACAAGAAGCAUUUUAGAAGGAAAUGAAUUCAACAGAUGAGUAUUAAUUCAAGAAAUUGAAAGUAAUGUUGGAGAGGAUGGAAAGUAAUACAUACGAAAACCUAAUCAAUUUUGCAUAUGUAGAGCUAUAUUUUCAUAAGGAAAGUGAAUUCUGUGGUCAAUUAUUUUAAAUUUACAUUUUGCUAGAAUAUAUUCCAUAAUCCCUAAAGGAAGUCACAGAGAAAAGAUUAGUUAAUAAAUAAUAGUUCAAGGAAAGAGAUCUAAUGCAGAUUUUAAGAGGAUGCAUUGAGGCAUUAUUCGUUUUGCAAUCUUACAAUAUAACUCAUUAAGGGAUACGGCCAGAGACUAUUUCCUAUUCGGAAUAAUAACAAUUGGUGAAAUUGACAGAUCCUACUGUGAGUGGAAUGUUGAGUUCUUAUCAAUUGGUGGUGUAAGAAGACUUGAAAUAAAUCAACUAGUGUUAUUUGAGUCCCUAGUUGAUGCAGUCUUUGAAUGAUGAAGUGCAACCUUAACAUAACCCUUAUAAAAGUGAUGUGUAUUCAUUAGGAAUGACAAUGCUUUACCUCUCAACUCUCAAUAACUGUAAUGAUUGUUAUGAUAUCCAUAAAUUAAGAGUCAUAGUUUAACAAGUUUAGCGUAGGUUGCAAUAGAUGGAGACUUCAUUUUCAUCCUAAUAUGUUUUCUUAUUAAAAAGAAUGUUAUUAUUGAAUGAGGAUCAGAGACCAGAUUUCAUUCAAUUGAAGUAUGAAUUGCAAGCAUCUCAAUCACCUUAAUUUUAUGAGGAAGAAUAAGUUAUUCAAAAGGCUCCAAUUGUUUAAGUGUAAGCCUAUGAAUAAGUAAUGGACACCAUUCCAAUUCAAUUAUAGAGUGUGUAGAUGGUCAGUCAAUCUUAAGAGAGAGCUAAUUCGAAAAUUCAACCAUCCAUAAGGAAUAGUUAGAUUUAGAAAUCUUAAGAAUUAAGACAGUCUCAAUAUAGUAAUUAAUCUAUUUACAUUGAUGGCAGUGAAGUAAAAGAGUUGAGACCAGAUUUAAGUGAUCAUAUUAAAAUAUUACCCUUGUCUGAAUAAAUAGCUGAACCAUCACGAAUAGAUAAUAAUAUUGGUAAUCAAAUUGGUAUUGAACACUUUUCAGAUAUUACUCAAGGACCUGAUCAGUAAUAGUUACUAAUGCCAGUUACCUCUUUUGAAACAUCCUAAUAAUACGAACUCUUUUUAGAAAUGUAAAAAUCCAAAUCCAAUUAUAAUCUAUCAGAUUAAUCACAAAAGGUCAAUUACAAUAUGCGACUGAUCAAUUCAUCUAAUAUCCAAAGGUAUGAAAAGGUCAUAGAACUCUAUCCCAAUGGGUCUAAAUAUGAAGGUGAGAAAUAGAAUGGAGUGAGAUAGGGUUAUGGUAUAUUUUUGUUUCAAGACAACGGAGGAGUUUAUGAGGGUCAAUGGCAUGAUAACAAGAUGCAUGGGAUUGGUAACAAUUUUAUUGUAAUCAAAGGAACACUCUUUUAUGCAUCUGGCAAACCUGCAUAUGAGGGAGAGUGGUUUAAUGAUAAGUUUUAAGGUAAAGGCACUUUGUAUAAUGAAGAACCAUAAAUGUUGUUUGGUCAAUUUGAUUAUGGGGAUUUUGAUUAAGUUGGAGAAUAUUGGACCAAAUAUGUUGGGCAAUUCAACGAUGACAAUAAAGAGGGAUAGGGAACUCUUUAUUUGUCAAAUGGUGAGAAAUUUGAAGGCACCUUCCUUUAGGACUUAAUUAGCGGUUUUGGAAGAUACUUCAAAGCAAAUGGAUAGGAAGUUUAAGGAAGAUGGUGGAGAAACAAACUACAAAAAUGA